GAUACUACUAGCUAGAUGCUAAAAGUUGCUGAACCUGCCGGGAUGAUGAGGAAGAGCUUCCGUCGUCAGAAAUCUCAGAGAUUAUGGGCGAAGGUUGUUAUGAGGAAGUGGUUGAACAUAAGUGCUAGAGAUCUUGAGUAUGGUGCUGAUACUGAAGACGAAUCCGAAAACGAGGACGUUGUAGAGGAAAACCAAGACUCUAGCUCCGACGAAGAUUAUGAAGAAUCGAGCACACAAAGGAGAGGAUCGACUCAAUCGUGGGCUAGUGAGAUCUCGGAGGAUCCUAUAACCGUCGCUGAAGCAGCCGCAGAGUUUAUAGGUUGUUUAUGA